CCAUAUCCAUAUUGUCCUUCAAAACGUCAUGUUGAAUGGUGCGGCUUUAAGAUCCUGUUCGAAAUUUAUUUGUUAAUUAAUAAUUAUUAGCAUUAGUCGAGCACUAGCUUUGGGGUCGGUUCCAAUUUGGAAACAACUAUUCGUAGGGAAAUUGGAUUCCCUUUGUAAGGUGAACAUGAGAGGGCAUUUUCAUUGUGUGUUAGCCGCACUACUACUUGUGACUACACAAUGUGUGGCGGGUGACGAAGUUCCGGAUGAUGUUGCUUCGUUCGGUGACCCACCUAGUGAUCUAAAAUAUGAAAGCCCGUAUGCUGAUCCCGGGAAGUUCUAUUUUGCCGACCAUUUUGACGAUAAAGAUCAAUUUGCAACUCGUUGGGUAAAAUCACAAGCAAAAAAACAAGACACGGCCGAAGAAAUAGCGAAAUAUGAUGGUGAAUGGGAGGUGGAAUUACCGCAGAGACCACUGCUGCCCAAUGACCUAGGACUUGUCCUGAAAUCGAAAGCAAAACACGCUGCUAUUGCUGCUCCCUUAAGUCGACCCUUCAUUUUCACUAACAAGCCGUUGGUGGUGCAAUAUGAAGUUAACCUGCAGGAAGGACAGGAAUGCGGCGGAUCGUAUAUCAAAUUACUCUCGUUUGGAAAGGAGACUGCAGAUUUGAAACAGUUUGGAGAUAAAACUCCUUACACAAUUAUGUUCGGACCGGACAAAUGUGGCAACGAUAUUAAAUUGCAUUUUAUUUUCCGACACGUUAAUCCCAUUAAUGGUACAAUUACAGAGAAGCACUGUAGAAAGUCAAAGGAUCGUCUUGAUGAUCCGUUUAAAGAUAAGCAACCUCAUCUCUAUCAGCUCGUGUUGCGUCCCGACAAUACCUACCUCAUUCGAUUCGAUCACAAGAUAAUCAAUGAAGGAUCUCUGUUCACUGAGUUCACUCCACCUGUAAAUCCUCCUAAGGAAAUUGACGAUCCAGAAGAUUUCAAGCCGGAAAAUUGGGAUGAAAGAGAAAAAAUCCCUGAUCCUGAUGCGAGGAAACCCGAGGAUUGGGAUGAAGACGAACCACCUCAAAUUCCAGAUCCAAAUGCUUCCAAACCAGAAGGAUGGCUUGAUGAAGUCGAAGAAAUGGUUCCGGAUCCAAAUGCUGAGAAGCCAGCCGAUUGGGACUUGGAAAUGGAUGGUGAUUGGGAAGCGCCCCUAAUUGCUAACCCGGCAUGCGAAAAAGCUGUUGGAUGUGGUCUCUGGAAAGCUCCUCUUAUUUCAAAUCCGACCUAUAAGGGCAAGUGGCGUGCUCCGUUGAUCGAUAAUCCAAACUACCAAGGCAAAUGGGCCCCUCGAAAGAUCCCUAAUCCGGACUUUUUCGAAGACACAAAUCCCUUCAAAUUGACAUCUAUUGCAGCCAUUGGGAUUGAACUAUGGUCUAUGUCUAGUGACAUACUAUUCGAUAAUCUGAUCAUUACUGACGAUGAAAAUGUUGCACGAGAGUGGGCAGCGUCAACCUAUGAUUUGAAACGAAAACUUAUCGACCGUGAAGCAAACACUCUUUGGGACCGUGCAAUGAAGUAUAUGGGGUACAAACCCGGCUACUGGUUGGCUUAUUUCACCUACUGUUCUAUUCCACUCAUUGCAUAUGUUUGGUUUUUAAUUCGACGUCGAGAUAAAAAAGAGGGAGCGACACAAUCGCCAUCGGCAAGGGCUAAGAAAACUGACGAAUACGUACCGGACAGUGAAGAACCUACAAGUAGUAAAUCUAAUCUUAACUUACCCAGUGAUGUUGAACGGACACAAAUGGUAGAUGCAAAUAUCGCAAAUGCAGAAAAUGGCAAUGAUGACGAGGAGGAGGAGGACGAAGAGGACGAUGCAGAUGAAAACGAUGAAAAAGUCGUUGAUGAUAAUGACGCAGCAGAUGAGCUCCCAGAAGAAUCUAGCCAAAGUGCCAAAGAGAUCGAGGGAGGUGUGAAGAAACGAAAGCCUAGAAGAGAAUGAAACGUUCCCUUUUCUAAUUACCAAACCACAAAAUUAUUUUAACUAAGUUUUGUUUCCUGCUAGUGCGUAAUCUUAUACUUAUAAAAUAUUUUUAUUGUAUUAUUGUUUCAACGUGGUAUAGUACAUCGAGCAUAUGUAAUACUUAUUGUAACAAACCAGAACCAGCCUGAAAUAAAUGUGUAGAUACAUCAUUCAAUAAUUAGGGUAGGUUGUGGCUAUCAAUCAUUUCAAUGUAUUUGAACAAAUAACAGCACAUCUUACGAUAUUGCCCAUAAAUAUGCGUUUCGUUUCGACAAACAUCUUGGAACAAUAAAAAGAGAAAACAUAUUUCGUUUUUAUUUGGCUGAUAAGUUGUACGAAGCAUUCUACGUGUUCACUAGGGAUAAUGAUGUUAACCAUAAGGUAAACAUGAUAAACAACAUUCUUAGAACAAUAAAAAACAAAAAAAUA